CAACAUGGCGAUCAAGUGGAAAACAACUUGUCAGCUUUCCACCAACGAAAUGAUCGUUUUUACUUAUUCAUAAUACUUAUAAUUCCUUCUGCUGUUUAAAAAAGGAAGUUGAUUUAAUAAUUGACUGAAAAUUGUGGAAAAUAGCGUCUUUGGAGUGAAAUGCUUUCAAGUAUUGAACAACUUAAAGAUAUAAUGGAUGACUACGACCUCGAGAGCGAAACAGAGUCAAAUGACUCUGGCUUCCAGUGUUCGAAAUGCUUGAAAAUAUUCUCCUACAAGGAUUACUAUGAACGCCAYGUCAAGUAUGUUUGUUCAGAUGACGGCAGAAAGAAGAAAAUUUGCGAAGAAUGCGGAAAAAAGUUCAGAACAGCUCAACAGUUAAGGCUACAUUCAGUAGUUCAUUCGGACGAGAAGCCUUUUGAGUGCACUAUCUGCCACAAGGCAUUCAAACAAGCCAACGCGCUCAAGAUUCAUGAAAGGAUACACACUGACGAAAGACCGUUUCCUUGUAUAAUUUCGAGUUGUGGCAAGGCCUUCAGGACUUCAGGGAACCUUCGAGCUCAUUUGUUAAGCCAUACAGGAGAAAAACCUUUUGUCUGUCAAGAAUGUAAUAAGGCAUUUACUCAGUCCAGCUCACUCAAGACGCACAUGAUACUUCAUGAAAACAAGAAACCUUAUUCCUGUCAUGAGUGCGGGAAAGAGUUCGCAGCACUGGGAAACUUUAGAAAACAUGUUAAGUCUCAUGAUAGCCAGGAGUUCCUGUACUAAUGGGUUAAAGAUCAAUGAUUAAAUUAUUAAGGAAUUCGAGGGCCAGUAACCUUGUGUUCAGUCUUAAACGGCUUUUUUCAGUUUUCGGAUGUAAAGAGCAAAUAAAUGCAUAACCAUUUUUGUCAUGCAGAAAA